AUGCCUUCUGCUACUCGAGAUGAUGUUCCUGGCGACGAACUACCUGUCGUCAACUUCAGCAGCUUCGACAGCGAUGCCAAGAUUGUAUCAGCCAAAUUGCUGGCGGCGGCCAAACGAUGGGGCUUUUUAGUCCUGACAGGACAUGGUAUUCCCGGACAGGUCAUCAACGACAUGCUCGCAACUACUUCAAGCUUCUUCGAUCAGCCGGAAGAUGUCAAAGCUGAGAAGUGGAUGAAUAUUAAACAGCAAGGCUAUGACUAUAAGGAGUCAAUUAUCGGUGUCUCUGAAGGCAUGUGCUUCGGGUCUGUGGCGAAUGCCAAUCUAACGUGCGACAAUAUUCCCAGCUGGUGGACAGCAGAGAAGAAACAGCAAGCGGAGACGUUUCGGACGGAGUGCAAUACGGUGGCGCAAAGAGUGUUGAGUGCCUUCGCGAUUGCCAUGAAUCUAGAGUCUGACUUCUUCUCGCGUGCACAUUCACCGAUGAAGGAGCCGGGAAAUGUCUUGAGGUUGAUUCGAUAUCCAGUCGUGGACAAGCCGGUUGAUGCUAGUUUCCCGCGGCUUGGUGAGCACACUGAUUGGGGUACAAUCACUUUACUCUUCGCAACGGAGCCAGGUCUUGAGGUUCUCUCGCCAGACAAUGAUAGGUGGGUGGCAGCACCUAUCGUUGAAGAGGGCAUUAUUGUGAAUGUGGGCGAUGGGCUGGCACUUUGGACGGCGGGGCUGCUCAAGAGCACAAAGCACCGCCUGUCGUGGGAGAGCCUUCCAGGCGACAAGUCGCGAGAAAGCAUGGCAUACUUCGUCAAUGCCAACGCAGAUGCGCCCUUGAAGUGCGUGGAGCAGGAUGCGGCCACGGGUCGAUGUGUAGAAGCAUGUCUGCCUUUUGACGCGACCUUUGGUGACUACCAGAACGCUCGCAUGCGGCUUUAUCACGAGAAAUUCAAUUCAGACGGAACUGAUGACGAGUUGAAGGUCGACGCCAGGUUCUUGCAGAUGGUCCGGAACAUCGGGGUGGCUCAUGGCACCGGCAUUGACUUUGAAGGCACUCAUGACGCGUCGACGGCGAGCUGA